AUGUUAACAGGAUUUAUGCUUUUUGUUUUCUUUGACCUCAUAGCGUGUGAAGAAAAUCGUAUUUGUUCUGAUGCUCAAGGAGUUGGUUGUUGUUAUGGAUUUGCGAUGAACAAACUCUCAGGAAAAUGUGAAAAGUGUUCCACUGGCUACCAUGGCAAAAAUUGCUCAUUGAAAUGCAGGCCCCCUACAUAUGGAGAAGGUUGUCAGGCACUAUGCGACUGUCCAAAAACGGAUUGUCACUUUUUACAUGGGUGUUCUAAUCAGCUCAAAACAUCAACCGACGACCAGAGAUAUAAUUCAUAUAUAGUAGUAUUUACAUCAUCAAAUAACAGGAUUCACAACCCUACCCUUCCCCGGGUCUUUACCAAAGACACUAGUUACUUCGACGAUACAACACUAUCUGAUAUCCCUACAAAUUUUGACUUGUUCAAAAACAAUGUUGUUAACAGCUUUAUCGGUGUUUUUGCUAUUUCUUUCACCAUUUUUGUUCUAGCUUAUAUAUUUUUUAAAUGUUUCCGCAAAACAACACAUGCUAACGGAACAAGAGAGAGCGAGAAACAAGCUCAAAACGAAUUGGAAAAGAUCGAAGCAGAGGAAAAUGAUAACACUGCAUAUAGAGACCUAGAUGUACAAUUAGAUACCGAAUCUUCAUAUCUCUCCCCCGUCUUCAGAAAUACUAACGAUCAUGAUGACACACAAAGGCUCAGUGAAAUUGAUAUAAGGAUUGAAAACUAUGCGAAUUUAAAUACCGAUGAAGAACCUACUAAUAGAGACAAUGAAACGAACAUUAUUCGAGACGAUGAAACAAAACAUGUCUAUCUUGAGAUUACAAGAAGCAGCAUAUAA